AAUGACUGAAUGUUAAUAUGAUAUAUUACAUAGUUAGUCUAUCGUAAGAGUGUUUAAGCUCAUAAGGAUAGAAUAUAAUAAGAGAAAUAUUACAAUCUCCUUUAAGGGAUUAUUAUAAUUUGUUUUAAUGAUUAAACAAUAAAGCUUUGGUCAAAAGAUUUAUAGAUUAUUUGAUAAAUGGAGGUGAUGAUAGAUUAAUAAUAAUUUUGAAUUUAGAUGGAUC